CCCCCAUAAACCCCUUAUCCUCCUUAAACCCUAUCAGUUUUCUUACAUCCCCUUCUUUUUUGUACUUCGAAACGCCGGCGACGCUGCUUCUUUCGCCCGCAACUGUAACCAGAUACUGGCCAAUCCAGCUCCUUCCAUUAUACCAUGCCUGUGAAGUUAUUGCCGCCGCUCCGUUUCCUCAACCCUUCUCCUCCGGCUGCUCGGUUCCUCACUAUGAAGCUCCAUUCAACGAUCAAAGCAUCCCGCGGACCGCCCGUUCUCACUGGAACCUUGCCAUUCAAACUCAAGUACCAAAAAUAUCAAAGAUAUUCUGGAGGGCUUUCUUGUUUACGCAAUGGGGAACUCGGCGUUCGUAGGUUCUCAACCCGGCCGCUCCGUUCCAGACCCGGGUCUGAGUUCUCGCGAGGGAGAGAGGAGGUCCGUGCUUCGAAGAGUCUUAUCGAGGACGAAGCUGAGCUCAGUGACUGGGUCAGUGAAUUAAAGUCGAAUUCGUUUCGAACUCGACCGAGUAGCGAUGAAGACGACUCAGAUAGGGGUAGCAAUAGGGGUAGAAGUAGAGGUAGAGACUCGUCUUUGAAGAAGCAGAGGGAAAGUGAUAUUAAUGAUUUUGGCGGUUCAAGGAGGCAAGACGUCCGAAGCUCCUCGGGGAGUUCGAGAAGGAGUUCAUCGAGUUCGGUCGCGAAAACGCGGUUUGGUCGUGAAUUGGACGAUGAUGAUGAAAUUUAUUCACACAGUAGAGGGCACAGAUCUGGAGCACCGACUUCAAUGAAGAGAUCUGUGGGAGAUUAUGAAUCGUAUAAUAGGAGGGAUGGAAGGGGUGGAGGUUUAAAGAAAGAAGAAAAAGUUUAUAGAAGAAAACCGCUUUUCAUGUCGGAUGAUGAUGAUAUGGACAAUGAUGAGGUGGGGAAGGGGAAGUUCAUGGAUAGUUUUAAAGAUUUGAUCAGUGAGGACGACACUGAUGAAGAGGAGGAUGAUGAUAACAUCGACAACUUGAAGAACGCUAGUUCAUUGUCUGGGUUAAGCAAUGGUGUCGCUCCACGGACUUUGCCUGGGACAAGUGGCUCUUACCUGAGUGAGACAAGGUUUGACCAAUGUUCAAUCUCUCCCUUGUCCUUAAAAGGAAUCAAGGAAGCUGGAUAUGAGAAGAUGACUGUUGUGCAGGAUGCAACUCUUCCUGUUAUUCUUAAAGGUAAGGAUGUUUUGGCCAAGGCGAAAACAGGCACAGGGAAAACCGUAGCAUUUUUGCUUCCAUCAAUUGAAGUUGUUGUAAAAUCACCUCCUGUUGAUCGUGAUCAAAGACGUGCCCCGAUUGUUGUGCUUGUAAUCUGCCCAACUCGAGAGCUUGCAAGCCAAGCUGCUGCAGAGGCUAAUACCCUCUUGAAGUAUCAUCCUUCCAUUGGCGUUCAAGUUGUGAUAGGAGGUACUAGACUUGCUUUGGAACAGAAACGCAUGCAAGCAAACCCUUGCCAGAUUCUUGUAGCUACACCAGGAAGGCUUAGAGAUCAUAUUGAGAAUACCGCAGGGUUUGCAACUCGGCUGAUGGGUGUGAAAGUCCUUGUACUUGAUGAAGCUGAUCAUUUGUUAGACAUGGGAUUCCGUAAAGACAUUGAGAAAAUCAUUUCUGCUGUUCCAAAACAAAGACAAACGCUACUGUUUUCUGCUACUGUUCCAGAGGAGGUCCGUCAAAUAUGUUACAUUGCUUUGAAAAGGGAUCAUGAGUUUAUCAAUACAGUUCAGGAGGGUAGCGAGGAGACACACUCACAGGUCAAACAGAUGCAUUUGGUUGCCCCGUUAGACAAGCACUUUUCUCUAUUAUAUGUUCUUUUGAAGGAGCAUAUCUCAGAUGAUGUUGACUACAAGGUUCUUGUAUUUUGCACAACUGCUAUGGUCACGAGGCUUGUAUCUGACCUUCUUGGAGAGCUGAAUUUAAAUGUUCGAGAAAUCCACUCUAGAAAGCCGCAGAGUUACAGGACAAGGGUUUCUGAUGAAUUCCGAAAGUCAAAGGGCCUUAUUCUUGUGACUUCUGAUGUAUCUGCUCGCGGGGUUGAUUACCCAGAUGUGACCCUUGUUAUACAGGUUGGCUUGCCAGCUGAUAGGCAACAGUACAUACAUCGGCUUGGCAGGACUGGGCGUAAAGGCAAAGAAGGGCAAGGAAUCUUGCUACUGGCUCCAUGGGAGGAAUUCUUCUUGUCCACCGUCAAGGAUUUGCCAAUAACAAAGGCUCCAGUACCUUCAGUUGAUCCAGACACGAGGAAAAAGGUGGAGCGUGCCCUGUCACAUGUUGAGAUGAAGAACAAAGAAGCAGCAUACCAGGCAUGGCUUGGUUAUUACAAUUCAAAUAAGAAUGUAGGUAGGGACAAGUACAGGCUUGUCGAGCUUGCAAAUGAAUUCAGCAGAAGCAUGGGACUAGACAACCCUCCCGCCAUACCCAAGCUUGUCCUCGGCAAGAUGGGCCUGAAGAAUGUCCCUGGUUUGCGUUCUAGGUAGGCUAGGAGUUGCAGUAAAUUUUGUGUUUCUUGUUAUAAGGUAAUUAGGAUUCUUUAAAAAUUUGAAUGUCAAAAUUUCCAUCAGAUGCCCCUUAAGAAAAUGUCAUGUGUGAAACCAUCUGGGGAAAUUGCUUUUGUUAAAUGCAAUUUAUCUUCAGUUUA